AUGGCAGAGGAUGAUGUAUUUAUUACCAAUCAAAACUUUGAAGAAAGUUUGUUGAACAAUGCAGAGAAUAAUGAAAUAGUUCAGAGUAAAUUAAUGAAGAGAAAUAAAAAGGGUAGAAAGAAAUCUGCUGCUCAGAAAUUAAAGGAAAAGAUGAACGAUUCCGAUUCAGCCUACCAGGAAUUGGCAGAUUCAGGGAAAGAAAAAGAGAUCGUUUUAAACGUUGUGGACGAUGGAUCGGUUACACUCAAGAAGGAAUCGGAUAUCAGUAUUGAUGAUUCAUUGAAACUGGACGAGUCGCCACCGGAAGUUCAUCGUGAAGUUCACAAUGCAGUAUUGACCACCGCCACCCAAGAUGGACCAUCCCUAGAAGAGUAUGAAGACGACAAGGAAGAUGGAUCCAACAUUGUUUUCCAAGAGACUCCAGUCAAUGAGCGUAUCACUCUGCCACUGUCUCUCGAGAAGAAGGAAUUCAAGUCGUCGCCAUCGCUGGUCGCCUCCAAUUCACGUGUAAAUUCGCCAGCUCUCAACUCACCGAGAAUCAUUGGAGCAAGAUUUGCCAUUGAUCCCAGCAACAAUCCAAUCGAUCUCAACAACAAUAACAGCAGCAACAACAACAACAACAAUGCAACCAAAGAUCAGUUCACUACUAUUCCUUAUAGUCCAACUAUCAAACCUUAUAGCACUGCGUCCAAUUCGUCAGAGUCAGAGCUACCGUUCUUCCAACCGGAUCAGCUACCGGCAGCAUCCAACAAUCGCUUCGGAGGAUUCAACCGUUCGAUCACAGAGAAUCUAGAACACGUGCCACUGGACAACAGUCGAUUCGCAACAGUAACUCACUCCACACAGAGCAACCCACUGACAACAACAACCACCAACAACAACACCACAGUGAUACCAAUGGUGGAAGUGGACAUUCUCCCAGAGAUCGGUGCCGCCAACGGAGCAGAGGAGAUCGAAGUACCGGAAGUUACACGUCCCGCCAACAAAAUAGAUGCAUUCCCAAUCGUACUUUUGGUGGCUCAGCCUGUGCCAUUGAAGAUUGAAAACAUUAGCAAUGAUGAACACUACUUUCUCAAACCAAAGAAUCUUAUAUCGAUAGACAAUCAAUUUCAAGAGAUCUACUAUCUAUCUCCAAAGACAAGAAAACUCUUUGUCAUUAGAAUAGAAUAUUCACUUGAGAAUAAUAUUGAUACUGUUUAUACUAUUAAAUAUCAAGAAUUGAUUAUAAAUAUUGAUUUCGAUGUUUUUAGAAUAGUAUUAAAUGAUAACUCUAGAUAUCUAUGUUUGAUUGGUAAUUUCAAAUGGUGUUUGGUCGAUUUGAAUCCUUCGAUGCGUUCUUCAUUCUUUCAGAGUAAACCAACCAACAUCUAUAGCGAUAUAAACACAGAGGAAUAUACAUCAAUCAAAUGCAAUACAAUCUUUUUAGACAACAGUUUACUAAAGUUCAAAGAUCUAUCGAUAAACAUCCUUCAAAUCGAUUGGCAUCCACUAAGUAACACUCAUCUUUUAGUUUUAUAUUCAAACAAUCAAUUAAAGUUAUUCAAUACAAAUCAUAUUAUAGAUAAUAAUAAUGAUAGUAGUAGUAGUAAUAGUAACAAUGUUGAAUAUGAACAGGUAUUCAAUCUUGCAAAACUUUAUAUUCAUACUGGCGAUUCUCUGCAUAAACCAGCCGGUACUUCAACUACCAAUAGUGUAAAGAUAGGCAAUGUUAAAUCAUUCUGUUUCGGAUCGUUGAUAAACUACUGGUCGAGAUUCUCUGUUUAUCUUUUAGAUAGCAGAGACUAUUCGAUCUACAACAGCACAGAGCAUUUCUACGAGCCGAUACUCCAGCGAAUCUCAUUGGAUUUGCAAUCGUCAUCUCGAGACUCACCGUCGUAUCGAGCCAUCGGAUAUUCUAUUCACCACUUUUCUUCGUUGGCUUCCAACUACAACUUUGAGGAGGGCACAUCGGAGCAGCACUACAAUAUUGGAACCGACAGAAACACAGAGGAGAAUAACAAUCUUAUUAGCGACAGAAAGAUUUCUAAUGAAUAUAAUAUACAUUUGCCAUACUCAUUGUUAAUCGUUAGAAAAGAUGGAACCAUCGACAUCACUGUUUCCACCAAUGAAUCAUUACCAAUCUGGUCAAUGACCAACGGAUAUCCAAAAUAUGAUAAUGAUUGUCAAUAUAUUCAAUUAAGUAAAUAUUCAAAAUUAGAUCUUGAACUACCAGAGAAAUGUAGAGUUCCACCGACUUCAGUGGAACACUAUACAUCAUUUUCAUAUCCAGGUAUCUUUGUAGAUCAAUUGAAUGAAUGUGUCUAUGUCUAUUAUAAUUGUGGUGUCAAUGUUGUGCAACUCCCAUGGCUAUCGACACUUGCUGUCAUGCUCAAUACCAACGUGCCAAACGAUAGAUUUGGAAAUCAAUCUAUUAAUUUAUUAGAUGCAACCAUUCAAACUAGAGUUAAAACAUUAGCACAAAUAUCAAAAGAACAACAAAAAACAGUACAAGAAUUGAGAACCAAUAUAGAGGAUAUAAGAAAUCGGCAAAACACACUCCAAGAAUUGGUUACUGGUAAAUGGGAGGAACAAAAGUUUUAUCACGAUCAAAUCUCUGAAUUGUCUGCUCAGUGCAACAGAAGUCUUCCUCUUUCAUACGAUGAACAAGAACUACGUUCUGAACUUCAGAUGAUGUCAAAUAAGAUUGAAAUCUAUAAAGAUAAACUAAGCUAUUUUGAUCAACAAUUUAAAUCAAAGAAGCAACAAAUCGAAACAACUAAAUUGAAAUACUCUGAUGAACCUCUAUCAACAAAAGAUCAACUCGAUAUUCAAAAGAAAAUUAAGUUACAAUCCAAUAAUAUCAAUGAUUCUACACAACAAUUAAUUCAAUUGACUAAUGAAAUUCAAGAUUUGAAAUUAAGAUAUAAAUAA